AUGGGGAUUGUAUUUUGGAUGUUUUCUCUUCUGGCUCUUCCAGUCAUCCAGUCUGCCAAGAUUCUGACUGUCUGUCUAAUUGGUGAGUUGUAGAGCUGUUAUUGUGAAAUGUUGUCUCCAUUAGCUGUAAAAUAGAAAGAAAUGCUCAGAAAUACAUAAAAAGUAAGGACCUCGCUCUAGAAAAAUACGUUUCUAAGAGAGUUUUUGAGGACAAGUUGCUACAUCAUUUUGGUUAUAAACAAAUUCCUAAACUAUGUUGUAAACUGUAAGCACUUCAUCCAGAUGGUGAAUAUCACACAGAGUUCAUUUUUUUCCUUACUCCUUUUCUCAGGAGGGAGCCACUACUUGUUACUUGAUGAAAUUUCUCAUAACUUGUACCAACAUGGCCACGAGGUCCGUAUGCUCUUGCAACUUGGCAACCCGGUUAUAACAGGUAAACUGUACACACACAGAGACAGCACAUAUGCACAAACUUAUACAGAAGGAUAUGUAACCCGAUGUUCUCUGACGUCCUUUGCUUUCUUUGGUUUUGUUCCAUCUACUUUCAAUGCUCUGCACAGGUUUCUCAUAUGUCGGACGGGCAGACAGUUACCAGACCAGUAUUUGGUCCGUAGGAGAGGAAUAUAUCAAAGAAUACAACGGCUGGUUCCUGCAGCAACAAACACAGUUUUUCCUGGGAAGGUAUCAACAAACUUUUAAUCGUUGAAAAUAAUUCAUCUUGAUCCUGACAUUAUCUUCGAUCUGUUUUUUGAUCAGUAUUUCAAGGCUCUUAGACUUACACUGGUCCUCAUGCUCUCCUUGCUUUUAUCAUAGUCCCUCUCUUAUUUCUUAUUUUCUUCUCCUUAGGGAUACUUUUCAGAACUUUCUAAACUUUAUGGGCCACCUGUCCUACCAGUGUGACAUGCUCUUAAAGGACAAAGAGAUGAUGACUUUCUUACAGAAGGAACUCUACGACAUUGCCAUCCUAGAUGCUUUCAACCCCUGUUCCUUCAUCCUGGCACGCAAACUUGGUAUAUCUGCUUUCAUCUCACUAUGUUUCAUUUCAUAGUAACUGUCAUGCUGCUGCACUUCACACUUUUGCUAUCUUCUCGAACAUUUCUGCUGUUUGUGGUAAGGACUGCUGAAUUUUUUAAGUGUGUAAGCACAAGCAAGUCCUGAAAUUACUCUAUCAAACGUCUCAUGUCCUUCACUUUUGAUUAACUCGAGGUGUCAGCUACAUAGCUUUCUAUCCUGGCGCUCUGAACGGUCCUCUGUCAAUUCCUCUACCAAGUCCGGUGACCUACAUCCCAGUCUUUGGCUCCCAGUUGUCUGACCACAUGAACCUCUGGGGACGAGCAAAAAACCUCUUCUAUUCACUCCUGGCCCCUGUAGGUAAGAAGAGUGUUGAACACAGAAAUGUAUCUGAUGAAAUCUGACCAAUUACAACAAAAAUCAAAUACGCAGCUUCUGUGUUUUUGGUUCUGUCUUGUAUUAAAGGUCAGGAGUGUGUAUGGUCGAAAUUUAGAGAUGUAGCAGAGCGGCACCUUGAGUCAGGCUCACCCCCUGGUGGACUAGAGGAGUUACAUCAAGGAGCUGAACUCUGGGCCUUCAACACUGACUUCUCACUUGAGUUUCCACAGCCACUCAUGCCUUACACUGUGCUGGUUGGAGGUCUGCUGAAUAAACCUGCAAAGCCACCAGAUCAGGUCUCCUCUUACCUUUGAUCCAUGUAACUCAGUGAAGCUUCAAAAUGUCAAAGUCAGCAGCCUCUGUUCCACUGUCUGCCACAUCUGUCCAAACUUCUUCUCCCUGCUUUUUACAGCCACAACCACCCCUUACUUAUUGUGCACUAUUAAACACAACAGCAUAUUUCCUUCUGCUCAUAAUUCAAACCAUUUUGCUGUCUUAGGAUCUUGAAUUGUGGAUUUCCAGUUUUGGAGAUGAAGGUUUUAUAGUCGUCACUCUUGGAUCAAUGGUCUCCUCAGUCUCUGUGGACUCUCUACUUGAAGAACUGGUGGCUGGCUUCUCCAGGAUCCCACAGGGGGUACUCUGGAGGUAAAAUCACAACACAGUUUAUUCUUCAAUGGCACUAUUUCAAUAAUCUACGUCCCAGAACCUCCACUGUACAUACACACAAUAUCUUUUUAAUAUGUAAUAGAUCAAAUCCAUUGAAAUGAAAAACAAAAAAAAUUUUUCAGUGCAAAGCUGCAGAGAUGUAACAGGAGGUUCCUAAACUUGCAGUAUUUUGUUGCAGGUAUGACCAAAAGCAAUGGCCAUCUCAGCUGGAGAGACCUCCCAAUGUCAGACUGGUGGACUGGCUGCCUCUCAAUGACCUGCUGGGUAGGAACAGUCUGUGUCUGUCACACUUCCCUUUUUAUGAGCGUGGAAGUUUAGUAAAAUACAUAUCAGACCAUCAGUACGCUUGUUUACAGCGUCCAUUGUGGACAGAAAAAGAACCAAAAAUAUCCUCCCAGAAACUAAAGAUUAAGGGACAGAAAAUGUCCAUUAAUCCUCAUUUUAGUGAAUAUAUAAGACCUAAGUGUUUGCUGUAGGCAUUGAGUAAAGCUGUUUUAUCUUACUGGAUGCAUAAAUAGAAUAAGAUAUCAGUACAGUUAGAGUGAUUGUAGACAUACUGCUCCUACUGAUCUAUAUCAGCACUGUUAUUUGUUCAGCUUUGUUUCAUUUAGACUGUAUCCUUUUAAUGAAACAACUUGUAUGUUCGCACCCUUCUCGUCUUUGCAUAAUGGUUGGUCUAUGUAAACUCCAACCUUUUCAGACCAACCGUUCUCAUUUCAUCCGUCUGCACCGCACUCCAACACUCUUUCUUCUUCACUUAGUAAUGACGUUUUUCUCUAUUGUUCCAUUUACCCCAGGACACAAAAAAGCACGUCUGUUUAUCACCCAUGGUGGCCAGAACAGCCUGCUCCAGGCAGUGUACCAUGCUGUUCCCGUGCUGGCAAUCCCUCUGUUUGGGGACCAAUUUGAUAAUGUUGUGAGGGCUGAAACAAAGGGGUUUGGCUUCAGCAUCAGUCCAACACAAAUCAGCGGGGAGCUGCUCAGCUCCACCAUUCAUACCCUAAUACAGGACAAAAGGUUUGUAGCUGGACGAGCUACUUAAUCACAGAUAUGUGUGGAUACACUCAAACUUUUCUAUGUGAUUAUACCUCUUCUAGGUUUAAGUCUUCAGCUGUGUCCAUGAGCAGGAUCCACAAAUCCCAUCCUGUUCCUCCAGCCCUUCGAAUGGUUCAGUGGGUGGAACACAUCCUGCACACUGGAGGUGGAGCACAUCUCAGGCCUGCAUCACUGGAGCAGCCAUGGUACCAGAGGAACCUGUUGGACUUGGGGCUUCUUCUCUUUUUGGGGCUUCUCGCACCAGUAGUUCUUUGUUGGACUUUUUGUAGGAAGAGGAACAGUAGGGACAAACACAAAAAGAUAAAUUAG